AUGAGUUCCAUCCUUACUUUGUCGGCGUCACAUUUGGCCUGGAUCACGCGAAAUAAGGAAACUAAACAGCUCGCCUAUCACCACAGGGGGGUUGCGAUUCAGGGCUUGCACAAGGCUAUCGGUACUUUCUCGAAAGGCAACUGUGAUGCUAUCCUCGCAGCCUCCAUCCUCCUUUCCUGGCAGGCUUCGGAAUGGCAUAGCUGGGCGUCCCUGCAACAGGGACUCACAACCGUUCUGAACUCAAUGCAUCCGAUCUGGAAACACGAAUCCGAACUAGCCAUGUACCUGGAGAACCAAAGGUACUUGGGAUGUACUAAUACCCCAAUGAUGACGGGCUACCAGUUCCAAGAUGAGGACCUUGUUAGCCUCGACCAAACGACCAUAGCCCUUCAGAACGUCCAGAAGCGCGUUGCUCACAACCCCGAACACUACCGUCGGAUCGGAGAACUCCUUGAAUUCGUACGCCAUUUCAGGCGAGAUCUUCUGUCCUUAACUCCGGAACAGGCCUUUGAGCGCAUGCAGCCCCUGCGAAGGUGGCUCUUUUGGCUUCCCCCGGCCAUGCUCCGAGGUGGAGACGCAGACCUAGGAGCCCUCGCCAUUUUGGCUCAAUUCUUUGGUAUUGGCGUGGUUUUGGAUAGUUUGUUCCCUGACCUAGGAGGCGCAUACCUCGGCCCGCUAUCCGUCGGCCCCAUCGAAGACAUCUAUCGAAUCAUUAUUACUAGGAGCAUGUCGGAGCCGUACAACCCAGAUCUCCAGUUAGCCUCGACCAUUAUGGAAUUACCUCGACAUAUCGUCGCCCAAUAUAAAAGCCGCCUUCAGUGGUCGCCGCGGACCUCCCUCGACUACUCGCCGUCUCCCGCGAGUCCUUACCAUUCUAUGCAAGAUUACACUCUGGCGUCAUCAUCCUCUCCUUCCUCUACCGCUACAUGCGCACCUUACACCCCGCUGCUCCAGUCUCCCCCAGCCGUGACGAUCGCUAGUUCUCCAUUCGAUGUAAAUGGAACCUACGUCACAGCACCAGGCGCCCAGAGUCUUUACCCACCGUCUCCAAGUUUGCUCUCCGACCCACGAGAAGAACUGUGUGAGUACAGCCAUACCGGCUCGCUCCAUCAGUCGCCCACAUAUCCACCACCAUAUGUGGAUGAUAUGGUUUGCGGGGAGCUAUCGCGAGUGGACGGAACUGUCGGACUGAACGUGGAUCUCUACGGUGAGCCUCAACAAAUCGUGGGAGGAUAUAGCACUGCGGAGCCGUGCUGGACAGGAAGUAUCUGCACCUGA